CGAUGUUGGUCACGGUGGUCGCACCAUGACUCGCAUGCCUGCCAUCGUUUUGAAGCGGUUGAGAUGCGGGGGCAGACGGGAUGACAGCAUUGCAUCUCGUGUGCGUAGACGUCGUGUGCACAUCGCGACCAGGACGGAGGCACAUGUCAUGCAGCAGGACCCGGUCGUCGUGUCGGAGGAUGACAUGGGUGAUCAUCCCACGUCGUUGGCGCGGGAGGAGAGUGGAGCGGUGGUCAAUCGUCCCCGGUCGCCGGAGCCGGCUGUCGGCACUGCGGAGGAGACGCAGCUCCAUCGCAUGCCUUCCACAGAUGUUGUCACGGGCGCGGACGGGGCGCCUAGGGCGGAGGUCGCCCCUGCAGGAGUGGGUUUGGAGGACGGGGAGGCACCACCCCCUCCCACGAUAGGCGGUGGUUUAGAGGACGGAGAGGUCGCACAUACUCCCGCUUGUGCCCAGGAUGGUCUCGAGUCUCUACGCUACAGUAGAGAGGAGGUGGCACGUGCGCUGGCGAGCUGCGGUUACCGCACUGAGGAUAUCCGCGACACAUUGGCCGGAUACCCAGACAGGUUGCAGCAGGGCGUCAGGCUCCAUUGCCCGCUCGGCAGUCUUCCGCGCACUGAUGAGUUACUGGCCAUCGAUGCUGCCUUGGCAGGUCUGCCCAAAAUAUCGAUUAUGAUAUCUCCCAGUUUGAGAGACGUGGCGCCACCAAAAGCUGCUCCACUGGAUGAGACGCAUCACAACACAGAAUCCGACGCGAUCGGCGGCGACACGAGACUGCAUACUUCAGAGGUCCGCAGCUCUCACGCCAGUUUUCAUGUGGGAGGUCCGUGGGCUGUGGAGCAGGGGUUGGCGGAUGAGGUGGCACGGAACCGCCGUGGUGGGCCGCGCGUCGCAGCGCAACGCAGUCUGGAAGAGUCAUUAGAGGCAGCAUCCGUGGAUCAUGUGGCGCCUGGGGGUCGUGGUUCGCAGGAUUUUUCGGACGGCGGGUCAUUAGUCCCAACACGGGCGGCGGGUCAGCAGGCAGAGCCCCACCCGGGCCCGACGGAGGCGACGGAGGCGCAGGUUCCGGGGGUCGUUCGGUCGGGAGGACGCGAGGGCGCGGGGCGGGAUCUGGCUCAGCCACGAAGCGCUGUUGAUGGUCAGCCCGUCGGCGGGGACAGUGAGCAUGGCGGGUCAUCGACCACACACCUUGCUGCUGGCGGGCCCAUCGCACAUGGUGUUCGAGGCGGGCAUGCAGGUGACCCCCGACCGCAUCUGCCGGGGAUUUAUCCACCACCCCCGCACCCCCCCCGCCGUCGACCCCGCCGCCCAUGACUUGGAUGCUCGUUGUGCAUUGUCGACGAUGUCUUUCUACGAUGGCGCAGGCACGGA